AUGGCCGAAACUCAGAAAUUACACCCGGCUACCCUAGUCACAAAUAUCAAGACUAGCAUUCCCAUUGUACUUGAUUAUGAUGGCACCCAAUACAACAAUUGGUCUACCCUUUUCCAACUUCACUGUCGUGCAAAUUUGAUCAUAGACCACAUUAUUAAACCAGUUGUUGAUCCUAAAGAAAAGGCUGCCGAGGAACCUUCUGACAAAGCUCUAUGGAAAAGGCUUAAUGAUAUUGUUCGUCAAUGGAUUUACAAUACUAUAUCCAAUGACCUUCUCAAUUUCAUUAUUGAUCCCGACGACAAGGCAAUCGAUGCUUGGAAUCGUUUAGAGAAUUUUUUUCCACAACAACAAGUCUGCCCGAGCUUUACAUCUUGA